GCACGUCCGAAUCUCUAAUGCACUUUUACCAACCAACAACAAGCCAAGAUAAUAGAUGUCCAUUUCACCACGCCUGCAUGAACAACUUGCAAACCACCGUCACGUCUCUUCUCGAACAGUCGUAACUUCGAACCUAUCCAUGGUCGAUGGGACCGGAAGGCGAUCGACUCUACUUUUUCUCCCACUCUCAGAUUCCAAUGGCAGCCACCUCAGUCCCGUCCCCCAAAGCGGCUUGGAGGGUGAUCGCAAGCUUUUCCUCUUUGCACCCUUUCGAAUGUCUUUUUAUUCAAAGUUUGUCUCAGAAGCUUGUGCCUGGUGACUUUCAGUUUCCGUUACAUCAGAAAUCCACUCCUGCUGACGAAUUGGCGGGGACGGUGAUUGCAGGACUUUGUUGUUUUACCCUGGAGAAUCACCGGAUUGGUGGAAAUCGGCGAUGCUGGAGCCCCACGACACCCACAAAACACUACGCAAGUCAUCGUUCCAGUACCCUGGUAUACUUGCCCGACAAGUUAUCCGAGGGCGAUCACCGUUGGACGGACGCAAGGACGAGAGCGCAAAACCGGCCAUGGCUUCCAAACAUGUCUUCGGAACUACUUCACCUAGCGCGGAGAACACGAGGGCAAGGAUCUUGGAAAAACACACAAGCGGCCAGGUUUCACCAAGAAAAGAUUCUCCGCCUUGCUGGAGCAGGACCAGUCUAUCUUGAGCAAGGGUAUUGCUAAUAGGUCGUACAUCCACGAUUGGAGUGAUCAGCAAAUCGUGUAUAAAUCCUCAGUCAUAUAACCUUCCGUCCCAAGAUGUCGGUUCGCUACUACCAGACCCAGGACCAUCCGAGCCUUCCCUGUCAGAUCUACUACUCCUUCAAGCGCCUAACUUGACGACAUCGAGCCACCAUGAAGCUCCUCGGUCUCAGUGUAUUUCUCGCUCUGGCACAGGCCACACCUACCCCUACUCUCCCUGAGGAGAAUACGGUGAGGCUCGAGAAAAGAGCUAGUAUCUCAGAGGCAGCAACUCUGGGAUUUGCCUCUUUGAACGGAGGAACGACUGGAGGUGCAGGUGGUACAGUAACGACCGUGUCCACGCUCCCUGAGUUCACCGCCGCUGUUGGCGAGAAGAAUACGGCCCCAACCAUCGUGGUAAUUCGUGGAGUCAUCACGGGCAACGAGAAGGUCCGCAUUGGGAGCAACAAGAGUAUCAUUGGCCUGCCCGGUUCUGGCCUGAGGGGCAUUGGCUUGCACUUCCGCAGACAAAACAACCUCAUCGUGCGCAACAUCGUCUCCUCCUUUGUUGUGGCGAGCACCGCUGAGGAUGCACUCAAGAUCGAGGGAAGCACCAACGUCUGGGUCGACCAUUGCGAAUUCCACUCCACCCUGAACAGCGACAAGGACUUCUAUGACGGCGCUGUUGACUCGUCCCACGGCUCCGACUUCAUCACCGUCUCCCACACCUACUUCCACGACCACUGGAAGACCUCCCUCGUCGGCCAUAGCGACAGUAACGGCUCCCAGGAUAAAGGUAAGCUGCGCAUUACGUACGCCAACAACUAUUGGAAGAACGUGAAUUCACGUGCACCGCUUCUCCGCUUCGGAACGGCCCACAUCUACAACUCUUUCUACGAGAACAUGAGCUCGGCUGUCAAUACCCGAAUGGGCGCUCAGGCGCUAGUUCAGAGCAACGUCUUCCGUAAUGUUACGGCUGCCGUCGUCAGCCAGGAUUCCAAGGAGGUCGGGUUUGCGGUUCUGGAGGGCAAUGAGCUUGGUGGCGGCCUUGCCAAUGCCCCGGCUGGGAACUUGGGGUCGAGCAGCAUUCCCUAUUCUUUUUCUCUGCUGGGUGCGGGUGCGGUGCCGUCGAGGGUGCCUGCUGAGGCUGGUGCUAUUCUCAAGUUCUGAGUGUCGGUCUUGUGUUGCGGACACAUGAACAUUAUAUCAUACAUGUAAAUAUGCGCAACCUUUGAUAUACCUAUCUUCAUCUCAUCCUGGCUUUGGCCGACAUGUGGUCGUCUUCUAGGAACUCUUUCGGCAUGUUCGGUGCUUAUCAUCUCGUCCUGUACCACUUCUUUGGUAGUC